UUAUGUAGUUUCACCUUAAGCGAUUGGUUCGAUUGACAGUAAUGACAAAAGGCAACCGCAUGUAAACAAAUAUCUUGUUAGAAUAUUUUUGAUUCCUCGCUGUUAAUUGAUAUAAAGCUUACAAUAAUUUAAUAUUCUAAUAAAUGGCAGAAAAAGCAAAGAUAAGCAGUGGCAAUGAUGGUAAGGAGAAACGCCGCAAAGAAUCCAUAUUGGAUCUUUCCAAAUACUUGGAAAAACAAAUACGAGUUAAGUUUGCCGGCGGACGCGAAGCUUCAGGUAUACUAAAAGGAUAUGAUGCAUUACUUAACUUAGUCCUUGAUAAUACCGUUGAGUAUCUACGGGACGUAGACGAACCAUUUAAAUUGGCUGAAGAAACUCGAAGUUUAGGACUUGUUGUAUGCCGUGGCACAGCGUUAGUGCUUAUUUGUCCACAAGAUGGUAUGGAAUCCAUUCCAAAUCCAUUUAUUACUCAAGAUACAUGAUUAAUUAAAUUUCUUAACAGUUAACUAUAAAAAUAAAUUUCACACAUUUUAAUAUUAAAAUUUUGGAAUAAAUUAAAGAAGAGAAAAUAA